GUCAACCUGUCAACCUUGAACUGGCGUGCUCUACACAAAUCAAGAAAAGAUGCUCAAAUUCCUGCUGAUCGCUGCUGUGUUGGUGCCGGCCAUCUUGGCCGUGACCCCAGUUCGCCAAUGUGCCGGUGGUCCUUCCCUGCCGCAGACGGUGGACGUUAACGGAUGCACUACAUUGCCUUGUCCAAUUGUGAACGGUGCACCACUGGUUGCCCAUGCCCUAGGAAUCACCAGCCCGCUUGCUACCAACGGACUGGAAGCCUACAUUAUCAUCCGGCUGGCCGGUCUACAGAUUCCAUUCCCAAUGCCAGAUGGUCUGGAGGAUGCCUGCGCUAUGGGGACCGCUGCCGGAACCUGCCCCGUCUCGGUCGGACAAGUCUUCGAUUACCACCUAGAUUUUGCUGGCCAGUUGCUGUCGUUGACCGGUGUUACCGUCCAGGUCGAGGUUGGACUACGGGCUGAUGGUGGCGGUUUGGUUACUUGUGUGGAGUUUGAUGCGACCAUCGUUGGUUAAGACUAUGUUGGAUGCGGUCCCUGA